AAAUUAGGGAAAAGCAAGCAGACAGCUACACACAAUACACUCUCUCCCAUUCCUUCUUCUCUUCUAAACGUUAAUUAUUCUCUCUCAUCUAAUAAUCAUAAUCUUCCAUGUUCCUCUUUUCUCAGUUUUCUGCUUCUUCCUCAUAGUCUCUCUCUUCAUCUAAUCACUGAUCAUGGCGGCUACGUUUGAUGGAUUCUCCAUAAGGGACUACACAUCCAAGAUGAGGUCCAUCGAUGUUUUCAAGUGCUGGCCCUUCGCAUCCACCUCCUCACGUGAUACGUCACGUGAGGAGGUUCAGUCGUGGCUUCCGCCCAUGAAUCCGUGCCCUAGAUCCGACGAUUUCAACGACAGCCACGCCCAAAAUCUGGAGAAUCCGCCUUCUGCUGCGGAAGUUUCGAGAACCGAUGGCGACGGAGAUUGCAGCGAAGAGGAAUCUGCAGAAUCUAUGGAUUUCGAGAAAUCUGCGCCUCCUUCCGACUCCAACAACAACGAGGAUGAAAAAUUGGAGAUGGUUUGUCCGGUGUGCCGCGAAUUCAACGCCGUGACGCUCACGGCGGUGAACGCACACAUCGACGGAUGUCUCGCGCAGACGAUGAGAGAGGAGCGUCGCCACAUGAGGAUUAUGAAUUUGAAAUCUUCCUCGUCGAAGUCGAAGCCACUGAAGAAGCGCUCUAUCGCUGAGAUUUUCAAGGUGGAGGAGCAACAACAGCCUCCACGGCCACAGCUGCAGCCGCCGCCGUUGCCGCAAAUCGAGAGCGUGUUGAAGUUCUGGCCGUUCCGCAAGGGCGAGGCGAAUGAUGUUUCGAUUACCUCGAUUACCGUUACGAAGUUCGAGUGGCUCUCUCGGCGGCUUGAGGCGCUGAGAUCCAGGCCCACGCCCAGAGGUGGCGAGGUGAAAUCGGACCAAGGAGAAUCCUCCGAGGAGAAGAUGGAGAUGGUGUGUCCUGUUUGUCGGGAUUUCAACGCCGCCACGGUGACGGCAGUAAACGCGCACAUAGACGGUUGCCUAGCACAGGCUGUCAGGGAGGAACGGCGGCAGAUGAGAAGGACGACUGUUAAUUGCAAGCCCAUACCUAAGGCGCCUCCCAAACCUAAGGUGCCAAAGAAGCGCUCGAUCGCGGAGAUUCUCACUGUGGCACCACCGUUCGAAGCCAGCAAAAGGAAAGCGAUUCAGGUUGAGGAAGAAGAUGAGGAGAAAUCCGAUUAUGGCUAUUCAGGUGGAGAUUCAACUAGUUCCGCCACUCCUGCUCCUUAUGCUACUGUUGCUAGUCCCGUUGCUUCGGUAAUUAAGAACAACAAGAGUACGAUGAAGAAUAGGAACAAGAAAAAGUUGAAGAAGAAAAGCAAGGUGGAGAAGCACGGUGAUAGUGGUGUGUGGUUCGUGAACCAUGAGAAGAAGACAGUUGUGAGCAAGAAGAAGAGGAAGAAAAAGAAGAAUGCCUUCAACAACGUACCAACUGGGAACAAGGAUGAUGCUUACGAGCGCAUGGUGCAAAAUGCAGUUAAUAGUUCCAGAAAACUAAAAGGUACAAUUGAUAAUAAAAUGCUUCCACUUCAUGAGGUUGAUCCUUCUAUCGAUAGAAAGAAACAAGUUAAAAACUGUGACUCAGUUGGAAAGCAACCAAAAGCAGUAUCUCCUGUUCAUGGCAUUCUUAAGAACCACUUCAAACAUGUUUCUGAAAAGACAUCAAGUGGCAGUAGUAUUGGAGAUGGUACUGAAGAAAGCCAUGAUAAUGAUCAAGAGCCAACCUCGAACAGACAUGUGAAAUUCUCUGGCAAAGAUGAUAUACUUGGUCCAAAAAAGACAAAUUCAUUUGAUGAAACCAUGUUCAAGUUAUCUUCAGAUGCGCUGGCUUCUUCAAUAGUAAAGGAGAAGUCUUCUGGAAGUGAUGAAGAAACUGCAAGUUUGGAGCCAAACAGAAAUUAUGAUCAUAUUGCCGUUAAUAUAGACAGAGACAAGAGAGAGGAGGUUUGCCCUAUAGUUGAAAGUAAACAGUUUUCUAACACUCUGGAACAAGAUACCGUACAAAGCUUCUUGAAGCCUUGUAUCAAUCAAGAGAAGUCGAAGCAGUUAGAAGAGAAGUCAGAAUUGUUGACCAAGGUGGCAGUUUGUGACAAUAUUGAUUCACAGUUUUUUUAUGGAGGCAACAGAACUACCCUGCAUUGUUCUCCAUAUGCCGACAUUUCUAGACCUCUUUCUGCAGUCCAAGAAGAGCAGAUGUCUGGUAUCAAUACACAAGUGUGUGAAUCUGGAUCUUUCAGCUACAGUGGGAAGUUGGACCAUUUGGAUGAUCCACAGGUUGAUGCUGUUAACUCAAAUGAAAAUACAGAGACAUUUCUGGAGCCUUCUUCAUCUUAUUCUGCUUCAUAUAAUGCAAAUGAAAAACCGGAAUCUCCGUUGCAAACUUAUGGAGAUAAAGAUAAUAGUGGCGAGGCCUUGGGUGACAGACAGUUUUCUCGUAUGCUUUCUGCAGAUAUGAUUGAUAACUCAUUCCCCAUUACAGGCUGGGAGAAAGGAAGUGACAAAAAUAGCUGUUUGGAUCCGAAUUUUUUUGGUUUGCCACUCAAUUCUCAUGGUGAGCUAAUCAAUUUCAGUUCAAGUGGAGACUUAAGGAUCAACCAGUCAGAUACAUCAAGUACAUUACGUGGCUCUUUUAGUGGCUUACCCAUUAAUAAUAUUCUCCAUCAAAAUAACCAGGAAAAUUUAAGCAUUAAUGAAAAUCAUGUUGUUCAGAAGACAUUUCCAAAAGAUUGUCUUAAUCCAUUUCCACAUCAUCCAACCCGAUUACCUGUCACCGAGUUACAAUCUAGAGAGAGAGAAGAUAUCCACCGACCUAAUUCUUCAGAUAUGUGUUCCGGUCACUAUGUCCCGCCACUUAAUUCAGAGUUGAACCGUAAGAAAAACUCAUUCAUUGAACAGAAUCCAUAUAACCGGGUCAGGAAUCAUAAUGGAAAUGGGGUGGUUUCUCUGAAAGAAGAUUCAGAUCAUAUCUCACCAAGUUCCAACCAACCAACAAUGAGGUUGAUGGGUAAAGAUGUUCCAAUUGGUAGAAGCAGCCAAGAGAUGCAACAAUUUGCGGGAGAUGUUUGGCCUGAUGAGGAAUCCAGAAGAAGGAAUUAUUCUGAAUAUGCUGCUUUAGAUCACUCUUUAUUGGGAAGAAGUUCUAAGCAGAAUUGGGCAUCUGGUUCACCUUUACAAAUAUCAGCUGACAAUGUAUUGCAAUCAGCAAAAAUUCAAAGCAAUCAAGCAGCACAAAGCACCAUAUUGAUGAGCAGUACAUACUCUGGAUUCUCUCAACAGUUUAUUGAUCGGCUAGGUAAUCAUGUAUCUCAAAAUGGAAGUCUUGGAGUCAACAGAAAUGCCAGUUCUUAUUUCAAUCCCAUUACUCAAAAGUCUAGUUCGUAUUCAGUAUUUAAUGGUGCAUCCAAUGACUUUUCAGAGCAGUUUAUACCUGGAGCUAAACCUCUAGGAUUGAUCUCUCAAUCAGUGGUACUACCUACUCCUGGCAAUUUUAGUCACUCGCCUCAUGUAACCAAUGGUGAGCUGAAUGACAAGAACACAAAUCCCCAUGUUACAAAAUCAGCCUUUGGAUUUCCUUUCUUGCAGCCAACUGUGAAUGAACAGGCCAAAACAUCUUGGUUUCAUAGUCCCUACAGAAGUUCACCAUCGUGGUUGUCAAGCUCAACAGAUGAAAUGCUACCAGGGACCUUUUCUCGGCAAUUUUCUGCUUCAAUUAGUCAAAAUUUUCCUCAAAAUCUGUGGGGAAAUAAUUUCACUACUCCAUUUGUGAAUCAUUCAGCAGAAGUUCGCUUUCCUUCUAAUCAUCUGACUUCUCUAGGUCCCAUGCAGACAACUCCUCUUUCUCCAUCAUCAAUUGUUCAUCCUCUACAUUUUCCAGUUACACCCUCUACCAUAAAUAGUGGUAACAGAAACAUAAAUAAGGUUGCUGACAGAUUGAAGUUUGAUGAGCAUCAUCUGUGCGCAAAUACCAGGAAGAAUCCUGCAGCCGCAGCCAAUCUUGAUGAUUCCAGGUUACCGAAUAUACAAGUGCAAGAAAACUUGAGUCGUAUGACUAGGUUGCCUGAAGAAAAGUCAAGCGUGGAAUUGCAACGAAACACAAGAGCACUCGAACUGGAUCCGCACAUGGGCAGUGCUAGGAGUAGGUGUUGUCAGCAUGAAGCACAAAAUCAAAAUCCUGGAAGUUAUCCUGCUGUGAAUUCUUUUAAACUGGACAGCAUGGUAACAUCAGGUCCUGUCCGACUUGGUCCUAAAAGAGCGAAGCACAUCCUAAAUUCCUCUUAAAACAUGGAUCAGGAUUACAAGCUAUUCUGCCAUAUUCUCACCUGCGAUGAUUACUGACAGUGAUAGUGAUGUAGAAAUUCAGAGAAAAUUGACAAAAGUAUACUGAUUUUAGGUGUAAGUUAUAUCAUUUUAUCAUAUCUGUUUCUCCUCCUCCAUAGUAUAUAUCCAUUUGAGAACAUAACAGGAUUGUCCAUGUAUCAAUAUUGUCAGGUUGCUGAAACCGGUGGAAAAUUGAUAUAAUUCCAUCCAGUCUUUUGAUACAUCCAGCUCUCAGUUUUGAAGUUUUAUGCCCUUUGCAGAAUUUUGUCCCCAAAGAAUGACGCUUUGGAUAUCUAUCUCUAAUUUUGAGCCUGGUAUUCCCCACAUGGCAAAUAUAUGAUGUGCUUAUUUUUGAUACAGCAGAAAGGAAAGAAAGAUGGGAUUUAUAAUAAGGGAAUAGUCCAUCUCUCUUAACCUAUUCAAUAAAACUUGAAUUUGAGGCUUUA